GCAAAACAGGCACGGCAGUCAAGUGGGGAAACAUAAAACCUGAAAAAUAGAUGCGUAUGAGUGCGCGUAAUGAGGAGCUGAAGGCACUCAGUGAGGGGAAAUGGUGUCAAGAAGCGGGAAGAGGGAGGAGAGGUCAAGAGGAUGACGCUGUAGCGGAAGGUGGCUACAGUAAGCGGUGGGCGUGUUCUUGUUUUGAUCUAUCACUGGGAAGCCCGGUGUCAUCUGUUGUGGAACAGAGUUGACAGUCCAGACCUGUGAGGACCAGGUGGGCAGGGGAUGCUGUACCUGGGAGACCACACUGCUCGAGCCCUACCUCUCUCUGGAUGAGGAUUCUUUUCACCAUGUGUGACACAUUUGGACAUUUUUUGCAUUUGUGCAUCUGACCAAAGGAAUAGAUUUUAAAUCCGAUUCGAAAGACUGUGAGUGUCCAAGCUGGAAGUGCAAGCAGCGUCUGAGGUGAGAGCACGUGUUUGUGUCAUGCUCGUGGCGGUGGCGUUGGUGGCGGCGGGUGCGGUCUGCGGCUCCACUGCGUCGUCCUUCCCUCUCUAGCAUGUGCUGAUGUGUGGCGUGGUAAAGCUGGCACCUGGGUAGGAGUUUGGCAGCACCGGAACCGGAGGGGGCAGAGCUCCCCUUUUCCCCCUCGAGGGGAGGGAGCGUUGGGCCUUAAACCCAAUGGCCCAGUUCGCCCUGUUCGCCAGCCUCAUCCCGGGUCACAGGGAGUCCUUCUAGCAAGCCGACCAAUCGGAUCGUACAAUGGAUGGACAUCUCUGUGGAUUUAAGGGAAAUAGUGCACUGGUGCUCCUGCAAAGGUCAGAGUGUGAACUGGACGCAUCAGGUGAAGACAGAAGAUAUAUUAGUAAACAAACCUGCGGGGACACAGGGCCACUUGGAAUCAUUUGAAGAAUGAUGAGCUCCAAGGAGGAGGAAACUAUUCGCUUCUUCCAGUACGUCGAGGAGAAUGGACUGAAAGCCUACAACGGUCUGCUGGCUCAGAACCUGGACCACGCCAGGAAUGAGAAGAAUAGGAUAUACCUGCAGGAGAAAAACGACAAGAAGAGAAAACAGGAGGAAGCCAUAAGGAGGACGGGGGAGGACAUAGCAACAGAAGGCAAGCACUUACGUAUGGGCUCCAUCACCAUGCCAGACCCCCAGGAACGCAUGCCCAUGCCCCAUCCGCACGCUCUAGCGUGUGGGCAGAGCUUCUCUGUGCGCUCACAGUCCCUUCACUCUGUGGGUGGCAACAGCGGGGGCGGAGACGAAGAGGUGGGGAGUCCUACGUCCAGGAAGCAGCCCCCGCCCAAGCCCAGGAGGGACCCGGCCACCAAGCUAAGCAUGUCGUCUGAGGCGGUGGACCACAGUCCCGUGUCCGCCUGCCGUGGAGACAGAUGUGACGCUCAAGGAUGUAGUGAGGAGUGCCGGAGGGUGCCACCACCCAAACCCAAGAGGAACCCAAACACACAACUGAGCGUUUCUUUUGAUGAAUCAUACAUCAAAAUCCACGGAGGCGGCGGAGUGUGCCCUCCCAAAGGGCUCCACCGCACCUGCUCCCCGUGCGAGCGUAAUGCCUCUCCGCUGCAGAGCGACGAGAGCCCCACCGACGACUGUGAGGAUGAACCCGUCUACAUCGAGAUGGGCGGGAUAGAUGUCGGUGCGCGAGAACUCUCAAAAAGCGAGGACGAGGAGCCAGGGGAGUCCGUGUAUGAGGAGAUGAAGUACCCCAUGCUGGAUGAUAUGGAAUACCGUACGGACCCGGUGGGAUGUCGCUCGGCAUGUCCUACCCCUGCACCGUAUGACCCUGAACCUCUCAGUCGAUGCUCCACUCCGAGAAACAUUCCUUUCUGUGACAUUCCAGCACCGUUUCCCAAUUUGCUGACCCACAGGCCUCCACUGCUGGUGUUCCCCCCAGCACCGGCCCAAUGCUCACCCAACUCAGAUGAGUCUCCCCUCACCCCACUUGAUGUCACCAAAUUGCCAAUGCUGGAGAACCAAUCUUACACCAAAUCGCCGACCUCCUCUGCCGAGCCGCCCUCCUCUGCGCACAUCCGCAGAGAGCUCACGGCCACUCCGACCCUCACCGUCUCUGGGCGCUCCUCCGCACCUCCCCUUCCCUGUACUCUCUACAAAUCUUCCACCUCAUCUUCCUAUCAGCGCAGUCACUCAGCAUGCCCAUCGCCAGUCAGCAUGGGCCGCUGCCUCACCCCUUUGAGCCUCAUGCGAACGCCGCCUUUCGACGCUCCAGUGCCAUUUCCGGGGGGUCUGCCAAGGAGCGCCUCGGCCACCCCUCAUGGGAAAGGGUCGCCGCCCCAAGAUGGCGUGGGGCGACUACAUGGCUCCAUGCAGAAUGUGUCGACAGGGCGUUCGCGGACACCCACGAGCCCGCUAGAUGAACUGACCAACCUGUUUACCACUGGAAGGAACAUGUUGAAGAAAAACACCAGCGGGAGAAAAUCCAAAGAGCCCGGAGAGCCUGAAUUGAAAAGUAAGUCCCACAGUGAUUCCAAGCGUGAAGGCAAGGAACGCCACAAUCACAGCAAGGACUCCAAGCGAGACCCUAAGGAGCGCCACAGCAAAGAGUCCUCUCAUCGCAGAGACAGAGACAAAGACAGAGACAGAGAAAAAGAUAGAGACAAAGAAAGGGAUCGAUCCAGCAAUGUGGAAUCACUGUCUCACAAGCACAACAGUAAAGAACGAAGCGGUAUGGAUGCACCACCUGUUCGCAGGGACAGCAGAGACAGCAGAGAACAAGGUUACAGCAGUGUGGAGCCCAUUCCAGUUAGAUGGGAUUCUAAAGACCGGAGUGGCAGUUCCGUAGAACCAAUUCCACUGAUAAGAAGAGACUCAAAAGAUAGAGGAAUUAGCAAUGGAGACCUGAUGCCGAGACGAGACAGCAAGGACAGGGGUGCAGGACAUGGAAUGGAGUCUUUACUUAAACAGGAGAGCAAAGACAGAGAGAGGCUUCUCGAUCAGGCACCAGAGUUGUUACCGAGACAAGACAGCAAAGAGAGUGCAAGGAAUGGUGUAGACUGUAGACACGAAAGCAGAGAGAGACUGCUGGAUCAGCCACCGGAGCUCUUACCCCGACAGGAUAGCAGGGAACGAGUUAGGAACGGAGUCGAUUCAAAGCACGAAAGCAGAGACAAGCCACCCGAGCUCCUAGCCCGACAGGAGAGUAAAGACAGAUUUAGAACUGGUUCAGAAUACAGGCACGAUAGCAAAGACUAUCGUCCCGAUUUGUUACCCAGACAAGACAGCAAAGAGAAGGCGAGGAAUGAAAUGGAGCACAGACAUGAGGGCAGAAUAGACCAGCCACCUGAGAUCCUUCCCAGACAAGAAACAUCCAAAAGCAGCAACACUAAGGACAGGGUCUCUGAAUCCAAGCAUGACAGCAGAGAUAGGAACAUCCAGAAUGGAGCAGACCUUCCACCACCACUUCAACCCAGGCAGGACAGUAAAGAUCUGAGCCGAUCUGGCCUCGAAGUAAGACGAGACAGCAAGGACCGAAGUCUGAACGGCUCAGAUCAGCACCAGUAUGACAGUAAAAUCACUAAGAGCCCUACUUCGAAGGAGUACAGGUAUGACAGCAAAGAAAGGGGCUAUAGAGCUGACGGAACGCCACGGCGAGAGAACAGAGCAAAUCACAGCAUGGAGCCAUCGAAAGCACAAGAGAGGAAUAGCAGCACAGUGUCGGGCCAGCAUUCAUCCACCACGACGCCUAUUCACAAGAGCAGAUCAACUGGUAGCCCCCCAAUGACUGUGGGCACCGGAAAUGAUAUGAAAGCAGCACCUAAAUAUGCCCGCUCACCUUCGAUGUCUGCUAAUCCUUCUCCAAUGGGGACGCCACAAAGGAGAGCAGCAGAGACUCAUCAGAGCCAGAUGCCCCAGAUGCCAUGGAUAUGCGGAGACACCACCAUGCUGGAGCAGAUCGAAAGGAAGCGAACGCUCUGUAAAGAAAUCCGCUCCAGACAACAUCCUCACCUGCAGAGGUAUCAGGAGAGGCCUCCUCCGGACAGGAGUGAGGACAGGCACCACGAGCGGAGUCAGUGCAAGCAAGAGAGCGCCUCAGUCCUCCCAGCUUGUGGGAAGAGCAGUGGGACCAAAAAGAUCCAUCCUCCUCCGUAUCCGACACAGACAACUGUAUUCUGGGACACUGCCAUUUGACUUGAUACAAACACAACUCACAUCUGCCACACAACCCAGAAUGAUCCCCUUCCUCUCCCUUUGGGAACUUCAAGACAACCAAUUAGAGCACCGGAGGGUGAUGCUCGCUGAUGUCAAAGGACAAUGGUGUUACCAUAGCAAUAUUUCUGCUUGUUCAGGUUGUCAUGUUUUCUUAUCAUCGCUGGUGAUAUUUGAUAUUUUUCUAUUUCAUGUGGCUGGAUUCUUGUAAUAUAACUAGUAGAGUAGAUAUUUGAUGAAUAGAUAUUUUCUAAAUCAGAUGGGGAUUAAAGAGCAUCAUAAAUUAUGUAUAGUAGAUGUAGAUGCCAUCUAACAUUUGAUAUUUUCGUUUUUUUUGUUUUUGUUAUAUUGGUUAUUUUGAGUUAAAAUAAUCUAUGAAUACUUGUCCUGUGGGAGCAUAACUUUCUUAUGCCCAACACUUUUUUGUGCUUAAAAACACUCAAAUGAAUGGUCUAUUCAGUUUUGUCUGCAUUUAUUUGACAUUUUCACUAUUGUAUUGUAAGUUAAGGAGUUGUGUCGACAUUAGGGAUGGGUUUAAUCGAUUGUUAAGUGUGCAACGGAUUGUUGAUUAAUUGUGGUUUGAAGCAUUUAAGGCAAAAUGGAGUGCACUCAGCGCUGUUGAUUCAGUCUCACCUGGUUCGCUGUCUAAAGAGGGGCAACACGGCAGCUAUCGGAAGUUCAGCUAAAUCCACACAGGCAGCAUUUUUUUUCUCAAUUCAGCACUGUUAGCAAAACAAGUUCAGCACAAUCAGAGAGAUUCUCCCAUCCCAUGAAAAGAACAAGAACAUGUGUCCCGUUGUCAAUCAAGGAAAUGUAAAAUGCCCAUCCCUAAUGGACAUGCUUCAGAUUUCUAUCCUUGCCUGCUCCAGUUUGUUCUACAAUGCACAACAGUCAUAGCUAGAACAGAAGCAGGAAUCUUUGGGCAAUUCUGUUUGUCUAUUACGGUAUGAAGUCAUGUCAUCAAAUCCUUUGAAAGGGAAAAACUGUAGGCAGAGUGUAGUAGGUUGGCAGAGAAAGUGUGAUUAUUUCUGUAGUAUUUUACGACACCAAUACGGGUGUGUCGGAGAGGUAGCAAAUUAGAAUAUACAUUAUUAACAGUAUAAUUUCCAAAACCAGCCAAAGCCUGUUUUAAACGAGAAACUGUGUGAUUGCACUUUGGAUGGGUUGGUUAUUAGAAAUGAGGUUGGUGACAACAGUUGGCUUAUUGAACGCAGGCGCCUUUACUUUGCCAUGCACACUGCAAAUAUCAGAACACAGUGUAAAUACUUGAUGCCAACAACCAGCCUGUACAAUCAACACCUGAGCUUUUAGAACAUGUCUUGAUUUUACUGCAGAUUAUAAUAGCCAUAUGCACUUGCUUAAGAAAUACCUUUCAAGAUAAUGCUUGUAUACAGUAUAUAUUUUUGAAAAUGUGACAAGUUGUAAGCUGUGCCAUGUGCAUUUUAUUUGGCAGGGAAGGUAAAAGAUUCAUUCGGGAUUGGCUGUGUGUAACACGCAGUCACUGACUGAUUGGUUGUCCCUGGAUAUAUUGCGAUUGGCUGGAAACAAGGACCUAUAUCAUGGCAAAGGCAAAAAAAUUAAUAAAAAAGUGAAUCUAAGGACAGGGGUUGCACAAAGGCCUCCGAAUCUCUAAGGUUUUCAGAAGAAAACUGCACUGCCCAUCAUUGUUCCAUCACAUCCAAUUAGGCUGGUAACAUUGACCCCUCUCCCUCUGCUCUCUCCCACUACCUCAACCUCAACCUCCCACUUUCAUCAUCUCAAUUGGUCCCAUUUUGCACAUUAAAAUGCAAUGUCCACAUUGCCAAAUAGUAUGGGUUUGACAGCUGAGCUACAGUACUCAGAGUGCAAGUGCAGUAAUCCUCUCAACACCACAGAGGUCCCGCUGUGUUGUACCCGUAUGCGUGAGCGCGUGAGAGGGAGUGAGCUCUGUGUUUGUGUGUGCCUAGCUACAAUGUAUGCAAGUUGAAUCUACAAGAAAAAAAUAUGAUUGUUUUAAAAUGUUAACUUUGCCCCACACCCAUAAUAUUUGGGAAGGCGGGGUAGAGUUUGGAAAUGUAAUAACGAUGAUGUACAAUCUUUUUGUGUGUAUAAACGUGCACUGUGAAAAGGUAGAGAGAGCACCACACUGUCAGAGUCCUCUGUCUUAUUGCACUGAGUGUUCUCUUGUUUUGCGUAUUUAAAAAAAAAAAAAAAAUUAAAAAAGGAAAAUAUGUUUGAAGGGGAAAAAAAGUACAGUAUUCUGAUUGUCACUUGGGUUUGUUAAGAGAAAUAAAUAAAUAUGAACUUGAAACCUUCCAUGGGGGGGGAAAAAAUGACUGAUUGUGAAAUUAAUUAUUUUCUACUACAGUAUUGAUGCAAACA